AUGUCCCCUCCCAAACCCACCCGCCUCGGCGUCCUCGUCCCCUCCUCCAACACCGCCCUAGAACCCCUCACGACAGCUAUCAUCUCCGCCCUCCCCAACGUCACCGUCCACUUCUCCCGCUUCCCAGUCACCGAAAUCUCCCUCUCCGCACAAGCACUCUCACAAUUCGACGACAGCAAGAUUCUCGAAGCUGCAACACUACUCCAACACGCCAACGUCGAUGUGAUCGGCUGGAGCGGCACGAGCGCGGGAUGGUUGGGGCUGGGAGCGGAUGAGCGCUUGUGUGCGAGAAUUGAGGAGGUGACGGGGAUUCGGGCGACGACGAGCGAGGCAGAGGCGGUGCGGUUUGGUCUGGUGACGCCGUACUUGGACGACGUGCAGCAGAAGAUUGUGGAGACAUUUGGCGGUGCUGGGUUUGAGGUGGUGGCGGAGUCGCAUCUGGGGAGGAAAGUGAAUGUGGAGUUCGCAGAGAUUACUGAGCAGCAGUUGGACAGUCAGAUGAAGGAUGUUGUGAGCAAAAUGGAUCAGGAGUCGGUCAUGCUGGUAUCAACGUUUUGUACCAAUCUGCGGGCGGCGCAGAGACUAGCGCACUGGGAGAAGACAUAUCCCGGGCUGAUUGUGGCAGACACUGUGGCGACGGUGAUAUGGGAUAUGCUCAAGAUAGCUGGCGUGGACCCUUCGGGUGUGAAGGGAUGGGGAGCUCUAUUCUCUAAGACAUAA